UGUUCGGCGAUCUUUGGUCCGAAAAUAUUAUGGGCAAAAGACUGGAAAUUUCUUGUUACAACUUACAAACCAGGAAGAAUCAGUUUCUUUAAUAAUCAUAAGACACGUCAAUCGUCACCCUCUGUUACAACUUCUGGAAAAAGACAGAGAAUGAAGAAAUAUUGUAACCACUGUUAGUUUAUUUUUGAAAGGAAUCGCUCGCUAGAAAUAAUAUUUGUAAAAUGUGAAAAAGGAAGCAAAGUUACUAUAUUUUCACUAUGUCUUUCCACCCCUAUUUCUUCACUUUUAUUACUUCUAAGAUUCUUCGAGCAGUUCUCCAGCCUUCCAUGCCGCAAGAUGUUGAUCUUCCUUUAUCCAAUUAAAAGAAAAAAAAAACUGUAUACAGAAACUUAAAGAGGUUGUCUAACUUUUCCGACAAGAAACUGUUUUAGGGAAAACAAAAAACUCAAUGAUUCGUCGUUAAUGAUGGUGAUGGGGUCAUAGUCAUAGUUGUCGCCAGCUUUCACGAAUUUUCCUUUCACUGUUUUUCCCGUGUCUGCUCUUGCUUUGCGAGAUGCAUAUAUAUAAAUUGUUUCCCAAAACUAAAUUCAAACAAUGAAUCUUGAAUCAAAUUUUUUUUUUUUUUUAAAAGAACAGAAAAACGCUCACGUGCGCUUGAGUUUCACUGUGUAAAUCUCUCAGCUUAGCUUCUUUACUUGCUUGUAGAGAACCCAACUUUUAGAUUCGAUUCCCAUGGCGAAAAUCCAUUACAAAACUCGUAGCCAAACCACAAUCCUGGUAAUCUGCUGCACUGCUUUCAUGACCUGUGAUGUUGGAGAUGGUAAGCGACAUAGGCAGAUGGAUUUGUCUUGUUCGGUAAGUACCAAACUACCAGAAUCUUAUCUUCUCGCCAAGUGACACGUGUCAAAUCCAUCUCACAAGCUGCUUAAAAGUAAGACGAGACAUGAUAACAUCCACACGUAAGCUCUUUAAACUAAUCGUAUCUCCACCACCCAAUUACAAGCUAAGACACAUCUAAAAAACGAACGACAUGGGCCAUUAACGAGAAAGAGAACCCACCAUGCUAGCCUCAACCGGAGACGAUGAACCGGACCUGGUCGUGGGACAAGAUCUACCAACGGAAGCAGCCACUCCAAGGGUGCUGACUAUAAUCUCUCACGUGAUGGAGAAGCUAGUCGCACGGAAUGAGUGGUUAGCUAAGCAAACUAAGGGAUUCGGGAAGAGUUUGGAGGCGUUUCACGGCGUAAGAGCACCGAGCAUAAGUAUAGCCAAGUACCUUGAGAGGAUAUAUAAGUACACAAAAUGUAGCCCGUCAUGUUUCGUUGUCGGGUAUGCGUACAUAGACCGGUUGGCUCAUAAGCAUCCUGGUUCUCUGGUAGUUUCCUUGAAUGUUCAUAGACUCCUUGUCACUUGUGUCAUGAUUGCUUCCAAGAUGCUUGACGACGUCCACUACAACAACGAGUUCUAUGCACGGGUUGGAGGUGUGAGCAACGCUGACUUGAACAAAAUGGAGUUGGAGCUUCUGUUCCUCCUUGACUUCAGAGUUACAGUGAGUUUUAGAGCUUUCGAGAGCUAUUGCUUUCACCUUGAGAAAGAGAUGCUAUUAAACGGCGAUGCUUCUUCUCUCCAAGAUAAUGGACCAGUGCAAGAAACUCUAUCAGCUGCAUCCUCUUUGUCAUCUUUAUAUGUUUAGCGCACACACAUUUCUCUGUCUGAUUGACAGAAAAGUUUAUAAAAGAUAUUUAAAUUUAA